UCUAAAUUCUGGGGCCAAAGCGGGCACCGGAGAAAGUUUGGGUUAAUAAGUCGGCCUUGCUUUGGAAGAGAGAAAUAAAACGAAAAGCGGCGGUCGGAUCCGAAAUCGAUCCAUCAUAAUUCCGAAAUACCGAGCCGGAGAAAAAUCGAAGAAAACCAAGAGAAGGAGAUCGAGAGAGCGAAGCUUUUUCUAGGGCGCGAAGCUUUUUUCUAGGGUUUAUCAGAAAGAUUCAUUCUUUACCCGGAAAGUUGGACGACGAUUGGUAGCUUGCUGUAUCUUCCGCCCCCAACAAGAUUUCAAUCGUCGGCCGCCGGUGAAACCCCUCCUCAACCCAGCCAUGACGGAGUACUGGGUCAGCCAAGGGAACAAAUGGUGCGAUUUCUGCAAAAUCUUCCUCUCCAACAACCCUUCCAGCAUAAGGAACCACGAGCUGGGGCAGCGCCACAAGGACAGCGUCGCGCAGCGGCUGACUACUAUGCGGCAGGAGAAGGUUGCCAAGGAGAAGGCUGUCAAUGAAGCGGCUCGCGCUCUCGAGCAAAUUGAAGCUAAAGCUAAACGUAGCUAUCAAAAGGAUGUGGCAACCUUGAAGGAGGCUGGUGAUGCCCGUGCACUGGAUAUCCUAGGAGAUAGUAAGGAAAGUAAGUACACAGAUUCUGUUCCUUUCUGACAUUCAUCCAUUUCUUUCGGUGUUGCCCCUAGACUGCUCGUUUAAACAUUUUUUAGCUAUAUUUGUCCUUAAGACUGGUUACUCUUUAACUAUACAUUUUUAGUUGUUCCUGAGAUAUAACUCUUAGCACCCUUCAAGUAAAAAAGCUAGUGAGUUUUGUUAGGAGUUUGUUCACCUAAUGAUUAUAGGAGUCCGUGAGUUCCAGAACUGUUCACAAGCAGUAUGAUUGAAUCUUGUCAUUUCCAUAGAUUAGAAGUUGCCUUCAAUUGCUAGAAUCCUUUCCUUACCAUCCGGACAAUUGAUUCCAACCCAUAUUCGCAUUCCUGACAUAGUUAUGGUUCUUGUGUAAGAUCAAUUAAUCCUGAUGCUUGUGGAAGUUGGCCCAGCAGAAGAAGAUAAAACCAAGACAGAUGUUUGAACCCUAUUAAAACCAUGAAAUAAAAUGGGACUUCGACAGUACUUCAGGCUACUACUACAAUAACGAUAAUGGUUUGCAUUACGAUCCAAAUUCCGGCUUCUAUUACUCUGAUGCUAUAGGCAAGUGGGUAACAGACCAGGAGGCGUAUGCUGCAGUUAAGGCUUCAGCAAACGGCAAACACCAGAAGCCUUCAGUCUCGGUGCCAAUUUCUGCGAAACCGAAAACCAGUCCAGUCACAAGUGGCCCGCCACCCGGUCCAGUUGUUUCGGCAUCCCUAAACCCCACGAGAUCUGUCAAAGGCAAAACUUCAGCAGUCACUGUCAACAAGAGAAAGCGAGAAGAAGAUAAAAAACCGAAGGUUUUAUCUCAAGAAGACAAAGCUGCGCUUAGAGCAAGGGAGGCUGCUAAAAAGAGGGUCGAGGAUAGAGAGAAAGGAUUCCAUGGACUCUACGGCGGCAAGCGGUGAUUCGAGCUCUGCCUGACAAUAUCAUCUCAAGAACAUUUUAGGGUAUGCAUUCAGUCUUAACUGCCUUGCGUUCUUCUUUGUAAUGCAUCCAUUUCCCUGAUCUUGCAGUCUGUACUUGUACAAAAUUAGAAGAGUUGCGUCACUUGAAUUGAAUCUUCCAACUGUCCAUCGUUUGCUGCAAUGAUCGUGCUUUGAUUGUCUUCUUUUGACAAAUAGCAAGUCCAACGAUAACGGUUUAGAGCGACUUUCUAUAGCAUUGGUGUGAUGAUAUCGAGAAUCUGAAUUCAAUCUUGGUGUAGGCUUCUGAGUUCC